CGAACAAUCUUUAUGAGUGUCACUGGGUGGGGUGUGCGUUUGUCGCAGUAUUACUUAUUAAUUGCAGCUUGAGUAAAGCCCGGUUUAAUUUUGAGAAUGAAUUAUUAUUGUAAAAGUGUGUAAUUUUUCAGUGAAAAUAAGGCAGGAAACAACUUUAAGGUUUAUAAACGUCAUCUUUUCCAUUAACAAAUGACUUUCAAUUUGCUUACGACGGAUUAUUUGUGGCAAAAUUGUAAAUAAAAAAUAAGUGGGAAACAAAUAAAUAUUUAAUUAACAGUUUCAAAAUGUUUAAUAGUGCAUGAAUAAUCCUCCUUAUCUGCCAGCCGCAUGUCAAACUCUCUAUGAAGCGACGCCCACUCAGUGGUGUGUCCAUCUGCGCCAAGCGAAUGCUGACUCGAGCUUCGGUGUUCUGUGCGGAGGAUGCGAUCAAGGGGUUACUGACAAUAAAAUUAAAAGCUGACUGUGCUAACACUUCGGAUUAGGCAGCAAGCAUAGCGACUCCUGAAACCUAGAGAAGCACAGGAAACCUCCAGAAACACCAGCAAGCUAUUGCUUAGGAAGAGAGGAGACUCCAUGAGCGCCGGGAGGAGCAGGCCGGGACUGAAGAGAGCGGCGAAAUGCUCACUGGUGUGAAGGCUACUGGCUACGGUGCUUUUGCUAACAGCAGACACAAUGAAGAUGUGGAGUUCGGAGCAUAUAUUUAGUUACCCAUGGGAGACUGUGAUCAAUGCUGCUAUGAAGAAGUACCCCAACCCAAUGAACCCCAGUGUGUUUGGAGUUGAUGUGCUUGAUAGAAAACUUGACACUCGAGGAAGGCUUCAUAGCCAUCGUCUUCUCAGUACUGAGUGGGGGCUGCCUAGCAUUGUUAAAGCGAUAUUGGGAACCAGCCGAACUGUUACCUAUAUUAAAGAGCACUCCAUUGUAGAUCCAGUUGAAAAGAAAAUGGAACUCUGUUCAACCAAUCUAAGCCUAACUAAUUUUGUGUCAGUGGAUGAAAGAUUGGUGUACAUACCACAUCCAGAAAACCCAGAUGUAACUGUCCUAACGCAAGAAGCAGUAAUCACAGUUAAGGGUGUUGGUCUAAGUAGCUACCUGGAAGGAUUGAUGGCUCACACCAUAUCAACUAAUGCUAGAAAGGGGUGGGAUGCUAUUGAAUGGAUCAUUCAAAAUUCUGAAAGUGCUAUUAGCUAACAGCAUUUCCUUCUAUCAAGUAUACUAUUAUCAGUGCUGACACAGUUGUAAAUGUUUCUUCUUCGAGUGUGUCGGAGGUCAGGUAGGGUUUACUUGGCUUUAGGAUCGAUAAGCUGAUGGACUGCAAAAGGUUUUUUGCUACUCUUCCUGUCAAUUAUAUUUUGGAGUUAAGAUAUAUAUGCCUACUGAAAUACUUAAUAAUAAACUUUAAUAAAAGGCUUGGUUUAAUGACAUAACAUUUCUGAUUUCCAAACUUUCCAUGAACUUUGAGAGAACUGCAGUGCAUUUGUUUUUUAUUUUUAUUAUCAAUUCUGUAUUACUGCUCCAACACAAGAGUUUUGGUGUCCACACACACACACACAUUAUUAUAUGGCAUUUCUUUGUGUAAAGAAAGUCUCCUCUUUGCUAAUUUGCCUACCUCACAAAGCUUAUCCUUAUAUUCUAUAGUAUUUGUUCACAUGUGAAUACAGUUUAUAGUUUUUUCUUACUUUACUUUUUAAAAAUUUUACAUUAGAAAUUAACAAAGUUUCUUUUGUAGAUGCAAUUACAGUUGUUUUGGGAAAUCAUUUAUCUGUUUACUGCAUGACCACUGUCACCAGUGGUUUAGUGAAGAAGGGAUAUGCACAUAGAAACCUGCAUCUUAGAACAGAGUUUGGUAAUGCUUUGGCAUAACAAGACUGGCACUGCUGGUGGAUGGUCGAGUGUUGUGGACUUUUCUAAAAAAACAUAAUGAAAAAAAUAGUAUUGAAUGGUCCGUACAGUACUGCCAUGUAAGAAAAGUUUUACAAUACAGCACAAUUUUGUACUGUACAAUCCGUUAACUUAAAUAUUUAAUUAUGUAAACAAAUGUAGAGUGAAACAAGACACUGAAUGAACUCAACAAUUUACAUGACAUUUAAUUUGAAACAAAACACAAUGAAUCAGAUGAAGUAGACAGAUUGGUAUGGGGUGUCUUAAUUUUCAGUGCAUAUUGACAUUUACAGAUCUAGAUAUGUGUGUGUUAAUUUCUUUGUCUUCAUCAUUGAAUAUAUGCUUUGGUAGGACAGGUCAACCAAUAGACCUGAAAUUUGCGAGCUUGGAAAAUAAAAAAAAAAAAAAAAAAGAUUCAAAUUGCAAAGAGAAAUAACAAUAUCCACAAAUGUGGACAAGUCAGGAAAUGUCCGAUACUAACCUUAAUCCCUUUGACCACAUAAAGCCAUGCAUUUCACAUUUUUAGUUGACCUUUUCUAGCAAGUGCCUAGUAACAGAUACAACAAAAGAGCACAAAAUGAUAAUGUUGUGCUAAGGUGGAACAAAAUAGCACAAGAUAAAAAUGGUUUAGGAGAAGACAUGUAAAUGGAGGGCAAGUGAAGGUCUUCAUCAGCAAUCAAUACAUCAAGCUGGAAAACGGUAAGAUGAAAAUCAAAUGUCAAAAAGGAAAGCAAAAAGGUUGUUAAAGUACCAACAAAUUCAUUCUUUUCUUUGACCUGCAAUGAUGGGUGUUACCCGCAGUUUUGGAUGGAGACAUUACGUAAAUAGUGACCUUUUUGACUGUACACAUCCUGGCUGUAACCUUGGUAACAUAAAAAAAUGGUUGCACCCAUAAAAAAGGCAAUGAAAUAGCAAAAUAAAAAUUCAAAAAUCAUUACAUCAAGUCAUAAUAAAAGAAAAAAAAAUCAUAAAUGAAUUCCUUGCACUCAAAACCCAAUAAGAGUGCACAAACCCAGCAAUAAUUAUAUAAAAAGACUGAAAUAAAUUAAGAUACAAAAAUACCAACCAAUCAAACGAUAGCUUCUUACAUCAUUAAGACAACUUAUCACACUUCAAAAAAUACAUAAAGAUGAGUAAUACAGAGUAUAUGGUACUGAUAAACUGCAACAUGCUUGCAAAGACAAAUGUUAGUCCUUUACAGGCAAAAAAAAAAAAUAAAAGUAAUCCUUCACAUAAGACAUGCUCAUAUGCUGUUGUACUUUGCCUCUGCUUCUUGCACUUUGUGUAUCAUGCAGGCAUAUGCAUGGCAAUUGUUACAAGUUGGCUCUAUUUCUGAUUUUUGUAUGUUUUUCUCCAUUGUUUCAGUGAUACAACAAUCCUUUUGGGUUUUCUUUUUGUGCCACUGAAUGUGAAUCUGACGUUAAUUUUGCUGCAUUCACUGUAAUAUUUAUAAAAUAUUUUGGACCAUUUCAUCCACCAUUUUCAGCAGCUUCAUGUGCUGUUAGGAGUGUGUCCUUGGGUGUGUGAGCUGUAGGUAACAAUGCAACAGGUUAAGAAGUAGUCCAGGAUUUCAUUUCCUCAUCCAAGUUGCUAAUUCAAAGCCCCUUUUGAAAAUCGAUCCUUACAAAUAACUUUCUAUUCAAAACAUACUUUUGUUUAUUGACUUGUUGCUCUUGAAUUUUUGAUUAUGGUUUUCUUCUCUCAUUUUAACUUUGCUGCUUGUGUUACUGAUUUUUCUGUUUUUGACCCUUUUCCAUUUAAACAUCUAUCUCCAAGCCCCCUGCUCAUAAAACUGACACUGCGGUGACAUAACAGCAAUGUUAUCAAUACCAGUACAAGUGUUACUCUGUCAGCCAGAGCAUCUUUGAGCCCUGUCACCAACUUGAGUUGCCCUUGCCCAUGUGCACAUGCCAUGUUCACUAGGCAAUUCAUCAUACCAUGUUUGCAACAAUUCAGAAACUGUUGUACAAAAGUAAUUUGUUAUGUUGUGUUGGAAGAUGGAAUAUGUUACUAUAAGCAUGCAUUUUUGUUUCUGUCAUAUCACUUACAUAUAUAAAGUACUCUUUUUACUGAGGAGAACAUACUGUUACGAUAUAUUGUAAUUUGUUAAUUUUAUACUGUUAUUACAACAACACAACACCUCAAAUACAAGUGAUGGUCAGUCCAUGGUUGAAACUGUAAGAGGCUUUUUUCCACAUUUUAUUCAAUUUCUUCUGCUCGAGUAUUCCACAACUUUAAAACAAGUUUCUGCUUAAUGAAAACAUCAGUAAAGUAAUACUCUAUGCUGGCACCACAAUAAGCUCUGAUCUUGUUAGCCUUGAAACAAGUUAAAAAAAUUGCUGGGUAGAGUGUACUGACAGUUCACUUCCUCCCAAAAAUACAUUUUCUACAAUAUUUGUGUGUCCUAUAUAAGGAUCAGACUGUGUUACAUUGGAAUUGAAUUACACUGGCAUACAAAAAAUAUUCACUCCCAUCAAACAUUUUAGGCAUUCUUUUUAGAUAUCAGAGUGCUGAAUCUAAAUCUCGGAACAGAAUUGCUCAAUCUCAUCCAGUUUUUGGAAUCUAAAAUUAAAAAACAAUAUUUGUAAUGUAGGAGCCAAACUUUAUCCUGAUCGCCAACACUGCAACCAAAAUAAAGAUGGUAGGCUUUGUUCACAAGUGGUGUAAGCAACUUUCACAGUGCUGCAAAGAUGAAUUUCCCACAAAUGUAGCAAAGAUUUCCAGUUUGUUCAUGCAAGCAAGCAACAGAUUUCACUUUCACAAAAGUGAGACUUUAAAAAUAAAAACUUUCAUUGUCAGACAGCUGAGGCAUUACUGAACCUUAGAUGUGAAAGGUAGGGUUUAGUUAGUGAGAGAAAAAAAAAAAAAGAAAAAACCUGAGAAUGACAAAUGUGUAGCAAAUACUUGAAUUUCGUUUAUUUCCACUUCAAGUAAUGUUAAGAAAAAGGAAGACUGACAUAUUUCAGCUCAAAAUAAGCACUAAUAUUCUGAGCAUGAAAAAUACUUAAGUCAGAAAACAAAAUGGAAUUUUCUUUGAAUUCAAUAUCUCAUGGUACAGUUUCUCAUAGAGAAAUUACGGUUUCAGAAAUGGAUUCAACACAAGUAAGUCUAUAAAGUUCACCAGUUUUAUUUUGGUGCAGUGCAGACCAUUGCUACUUAAAAAGGUGGAGUAGUUUCAUAAAUCCAUUUAAAAUCUGCAUUAUUAUAUUAAAACUGUACUCUGAGGCAGAGUCACAGAGAAUGUUCACACUGUUUUACAUAAAAAUAUACUAAACAAUUCAAAAAAGAAUAAGCUUAUAAGAAUGUGUAUAAAAUGCUAUUCUGUCUAGUACUAUAUAUAAAUUACUUAAGGAGUUUCCAUGAUAAUGUCAAAAUUUAUGUAAAAUAUUGUAACAAUUCUGAUGUUAACUUAUAACUGAUGUUAGUGUUAUUAAUCCUUGACAGUAGAUAUGAAGAUAUUUCUGCAAAUCCCAGUAUUAGAAGAAAAUUGUGUAACUAUGUAUAAGAAGUUGAACAUUUACUGUACUUCAUGACAGUUGUUUGCCCCAAAAGGAAAAAUGUAGCUUUUUACAGAAGAUCAAGAAAUAAAUAUUAUAACAAACAACAAGAACUCUCCUCAAAAUACACAACAAAAUUACUAAAAAGAAAGAUACUUCUGACAUGGACAUCAAGUGUGUUAAAUAGCAGCAGCUACAACAAUGGGCAAUAAUGACAUUUGCUUCAAGUUGUAAACAGGAAAUGGAAAAGUAAUGGAAGUUAGUUUCGUACAUACUGUAGAACAUUUGUAUUCAGUGUAUUUAUUUAUUAAUUUUAACAUAUGUGGUAAUUUCAGGUACAGAAUAUUAUUUUAAACAGGCACAAUCUUUGCAGUCCCAGCGAAUUUCAUGUUUCCCCAAUUGCUCAAAUAAGUAAAGAGACAAUGAGGUAAAAAAAUGAGGUUGGAUGUUUGAUAUAAUGAAGUAAAUGAGAUAUGUAGUUAAUAUUGUAUGUAGAAAAUAAUCUUGAAUUGGUAAAAUUGAAGUAAUUUAUAUACAUAUUAUAUAAAGAUAAUUAAUACCUCUAUGCAUUUCUGAAUGUUUUGCUUGCAAUUUUUAUCUUGGUUGUGACAGACUUUUUGUAUUUUUGUUUCUUUUUGUUUUUUAAAGAACACUUGUACACUGUUGUAAAUCACAAAGAAAAGGUAAAACAUCAGUUUUGUAGCUGGAAAAAAACUUGAGUUUCAGAGUGAAUUCACCUGCAUACUACCAGUCUACUGUUUUAUAGUUCAUAAGUACAAAAUAAACAGUGCAUAAGAACAA